ACCGAGUACUCUGGAGAUCUGACCUGGUACGAUGUCGGUCUUGGUGCUUGUGGCUUGACCAGCACUUCUGAUGAGGCUAUCGUCGCCAUCUCCCAAAAGAUCUUCGAUAGCCCCGAUUACGCUACCGCCAACCCCAACUUGAACCCUCUCUGCGGCAAGUCCGUUACCAUCAAGGGCAAAAACGGUCAAUCCUACCAGGCCAAGGUUGUCGACCGCUGCGUUGGCUGUGCCGAAUCUGACCUUGACCUCAGCCAGGACUUCUUCAACACAGUUACCAACAAUGGUGACGGCCGUGUCUCUGGCAUGUCCUGGACCUGGAACUAA